AUGUUAGUGUGGGAGGAUUUACGUGUAAAAACACAAUACCGAUACCAUGUAACGAUUUAUGCGCUGGAAGAGCCUAUAAAUACAGGAGGACCAUCAAUGUCGAGCCAUAUUUUCGCUGAGGGUUGCGGAAAAAUGGGUGAGAAUGUGUUUUUGUUAGUUCAUCAUCGGGGAAAGAUCGAUGAAAACACAAGUGAGGGUGUAACGUUCAGUAGCAAGAAACAGAUUGGAGUGUUCAUAAAUCCAUCAACGAGUUUAGAUGAUUUACAAAAUAGCAUAAUACAAAAGUUAGGUAAGUGCAGUAAAAGGCUUGUGAAGCAGAUGUUCUUCAGGAUCCCAAUCUUACUCAGGCAGGCUUAUGUGAAGUUUGGAAAAUAUGAGAUGUUAGGCGAUGAUGACAUUCGCGUUAUAUUUCACAGUCAAUCGAGAUUUCCAGAUUUGGGAGCUAUGGAGUUGUUCGUGAAAAUGGCUGAUGUGGAGGGUAGCUCUGGUGGAUCUGCUCCAAAUCCGCCCAUAGUCAGGGUAGAUGGUGCUUCAAGUGCCGUUCCAAAUCGUCACAACGUCACCGCCCACGUUUCAUCUCCAUCAUUUGCAGCCGAAAUGGCUGUUCAUGCUGAAGACGGGGAUUGCUUGGGUGAUGUACGAACCUUAAGGGAGGUUGCAGCGGCAAUGAGAGAGGGACCGGUAUUGGAUGGUGCAACUACGUUCAUGGAGGUCAGAGAUAGGGAUCCAGUUGCUGAGGCCAUUGGUGAUGAUGAUUCAGAUUCGGAACCACCCGUUAUCGGUGAUGAAUCUGACGAUGAGGAUGACACAAGACCAGUUGCGAGAUCGCAAGGCCAAACAAGUUCUCAGACACAACAGUACCCUCCGCACUUCUCUACGUUGGAUCUUGAAACGAUGAAUCAACCAGCAUUUCCAGGUCGACAAAUGUCAGGUAUUCACAGAGACGAGCACGGUAUGCAUGGGGCAGAGGAGUUUGAGGUCGGGCACCGGUUCCAGAGCAAGGAGGAGGUAGUGUUGAUGGUGAAGAAUUACAAUAUCCGCCGUGGUGUUCAGUAUAAGGUGUUUGAGUCAGACCAGUUGAAGUCUCUGGACGCCAUCGCUCAACAAAGGCACUAA